AAUUUUUAUUUAUGUUUCAGGACGAAUACCUCUCUCUCUCUCUCUCUCUCUCUCUCUCACAACCAAGAAUAAGAAAGAAAGGAGUGAAACUUGCAAGAAAUGGCGAAUGGAGAAGGUGGACGCAGGGUGCUGUUACUAUGUGGGGACUACAUGGAAGACUACGAGGCCAUGGUCCCAUUCCAAGCCCUGCAGGCCUACGGAGUCACCGUCGACGCCGUCUGUCCUGCCAAGAAAGCCGGCGACAUCUGCCCCACCGCCGUUGAACAAUACUCUCCUGUUCACCAGACUUUUUCUGAAUCACGGGGUCACAAUUUCAUGCUCAAUGCAACAUUUGACGAUGUUGAAUUUGAGAAAUAUGAUGGAUUAGUAAUACCAGGAGGACGAGCUCCUGAAUAUCUUGCUAUGGAUGCAUCGGUUGUGGAAUUGGUGAGAAAAUUUUCCGACUCCGGAAAGCCAAUUGCUGCUAUUUGCCAUGGUCCGUUGGUCCUAGCAGCUGCAGACUCAGUUAGAGGGCGCAAGUGUACAGCGUACCCAACUCUGGGACCUGUACUUGCUGCUGCAGGUGCAUACUGGGUAAAACCUGAGACCAUGUCGGGGUGUGCUGCUGAUGGGAAUUUAAUUACUGGAGCUACAUUUGAAGGUCAUGCUGAGUACAUUGGGCUUUUCGUAAAGGCACUAGGGGGUAACAUAACUGGUUCAGAUAGGAGGAUCCUGUUCCUCUGUGGAGACUUCAUGGAAGAUUAUGAGAUAGGCGUGCCUUUUCAAGCCCUUCAAGCCCUAGGAUGCCAUGUUGAUGCAGUUUGUCCGAAGAAGAAAGCUGGUGAUAUCUGUGCAACUGCUGUCCAUGAUUUUGAAGGUGAUCAAACCUACAGUGAGAAGCUGGGCCAUAAUUUCACUUUAACAGCUGACUUUGAUGCACUUGAUAUCUCAAGCUACGAUGCUCUUGUAAUCCCUGGAGGCCGAGCUCCAGAAUAUUUAGCUUUGGAUGAGAAAGUUAUUGCAAUAGUGAAGCAGAUUGUGGAUGCUAAUAAACCAGUCGCAUCCAUCUGCCAUGGACAGCAAAUUUUAGCUGCUGCUGGUGUUCUGCAGGGAAAAAAAUGUACUGCAUACCCAGCAGUGAAGCUUAAUGUGGUUUUGGCGGGAGCAACGUGGCUGGAACCUGAUCCCAUACAUCGUUGCUUCACUGAUGGAAAUUUGGUUACCGGAGCAGCUUGGCCAGGCCACCCAGAGUUCAUUUCUCAACUGAUGGCAUUGCUUGAUGUUCGAGUAUCAUUCUAGUUGCUUCUUACCUGGUCGCACGCUUGCUUGUCAUAUGUGUAAUUCAAUAAAGAAAACGGCAUGUAUGUUAAGGUGACUUGUGUUUUGAUGAGGGACCAAGUGAUACUUUAAUUUUGAACUGCAUAUGCCAUGUUCUAUGCAAGUUUUGGUUGCAGAUGAAA